GAGCGACGCAUCCCCGGUCAGAUUUGGGGAAGGGAAGAGAGAGCGAGUGAAGGGAGUGCAAAGCAAGAAAAGGACGAACGGCACAGUCGUGGCCACGAGAUUGCAUCCCCGUUGCCAUAUCACACGCCAAGCUACCCGCUAGUGGGAACGCUGGUCAACGAGUGGCUGCAAGUGUGAACCGAGAGCUCUCUGGUCCUCUAAGUGGAAAGCGGGGAAUCGUCGUCAAGUCGGACACCGCAGCCACCCAAUCCAGCUUAUAAGCCGGCCUCUCGCCCACCACCACCACAUUUUCUGCCGUUGCUGCCAAUUGCUGCCAGACUGCCUGACCGCCCCAACCUCCCAUUUGCCUGUCACCUUUUGAUAAAGUCGUGAGAGCGGCGCAACCGCGACUCACAGUGAGACUGAGAAGUCAUGUCAUUAAAGCAGGAAAUCGAGACCUGGGUUUCGGCCCUGGGGUUGUACGACAACAAUGAAUUCGACGAGGCACUGGCCGAGUUUGAGAAGGUCUCCGACACUUCCAAAAUUCUCUUCAACAUGGGCGUGAUCCAUGCGACCCUCGGCGAGCACGAGAAAGCUGUUGAAUGCUACCAACGAGCCAUCAGACUUGAUCAGUACCUCGCCGUUGCAUAUUUCCAACAAGGCGUCUCAAACUUCUUGCUCGGGGACUUCGAGGAGGCGCUGGCGAACUUCAACGACACACUGCUCUACCUCCGAGGCAACACCAUGAUCGACUACGCACAACUAGGACUUCUGUUCAAGCUAUACUCGUGCGAAGUGCUCUUCAACCGGGGACUCUGCUACAUCUAUCUUCAGCAGAAAGAUGCUGGUCUGCAGGAUUUGCAAUAUGCCGUCAAGGAAAAGGUCGUCGAGGAUCACAAUGUCAUUGACGAGGCGAUUCGGGAGGAAGCAGAGGGCUACACCGUCUUCUCGAUCCCCGUGGGCGUUGUCUACAGGCCCAACGAAGCCAAGGUCCGGAAUCUGAAGACGAAGGACUAUCUUGGCAAAGCCCGGCUGGUCGCUGCCUCGGACCGCGCCAACGCCUUCACCGGAUUUGCCGGCGCAGAGAUCAAGAAUGCGGUCAACAAGUCCGACGGCAAGGAUGAUCGGCCAGUCGACAAUAUCUCCUUCGCCGCCACAAACCUCGUCAAGCCCGGCCUGCAGAGCAGGAGGCAGCAGUCGGAACCGCCAGGAAACCGCAACGUCUUCCCACCCACACCGCCGCCGGAGAACGACAAGCCCAGCCGGGUCAGCCGGGGCGCCUCGGUUCGCAAUGGACCCAAGCCCAUGCCCGCGAGGCUCAACAUCGACAAGUCCCGACCGAGCGACCGGUACGAGAGGACGUCGCCCGAGGAUGCGCGACCAAGACCGCAGCGAGCCGCGUCGGCCACGCCCAACCGAACCUACUCGCAACGGGACAACGGCAGGAACAGGCAGUCAGCCGAGGAGGAGGACGACACAUAUGCCGACGACCUCUACGACAUGUACCAGGGUGGUGGCGGCUCGAGGAGCAGUCGUGGGCAGCAGCAGCGCAGGAACCAGCCGCGGUACAUCGAGGAGGAGGACGAGGGCGGCAGCGACUACGACGACGGCUCGUUCGAUGAGGGCGAGUUCGAGAUUGUGUCGAACAACCGCAGACCGGGGACCAACUCCAUGUCCUCGGGCCGGGGCUCGUCGAGGCGGCCGGACAUCCGCAAGAUCCGCGUCAAGGUGCACGCGGGCGACGUGCGCUACAUCAUGAUCGGCGCGGCGGUCGAGUUCCCGGACCUCGUCGACCGCAUCCGUGACAAGUUCGGCAUCCGCCGGAGGUUCAAGAUCAAGGUCAAGGACGACGACGCCCCCGACGGCGACAUGAUCACCAUGGGUGACCAGGACGACCUCGACAUGGUCGUCAUGACGGUCAAGUCCCAGGCGAGGAAACAGAGGCUCGAUAGCGGGAAGAUGGAGGUUUGGGUGCAGGAAGUAUAGAUCAACGAUACCGUGCGGCAAGAGGCUACUAUGGAUACCCCAGAUGGCCCCCCACCAAUUUUUUCAGGGGGGCCUGUCGACGCUGCCAACCGCACUACGAAGUAAUGAUGGAAUAUCUCUGGCCUUUCCUCAUCAUCUAUUUCUCUCUAUAUUCCUUUAUACAUCCUUUACUACUGUCCACCUGAUGGGAGCGUAUUGUUGUUUCUGGCUUCCCCUUUUCUUGUUUUUCUGUAUCAGCAGUGAAACACCUAUGAGCAGCCAGCAGAGCUAGCCCGCUCAGCCCAGAUCGUCCCGACGUGUCAUCGACCACACCUGCACACGCAGCUUAGGGAUUUAGCAAAU